AUGACCGACUUCCAGCCCGUUGUUGUAAAACGAUAUGCGCGCCCAGCAUCCACCAAGCACUCUCCAGAGUCCCGUCACUGGCGCCAAUUCAAGCAUCCUGUCUUUGUGAAGGAAUAUGCGCCAGUUACAUCAGUUCACUUUUCACCAUGUAAACCACACCGAUUUGCGGUGACCGCUGCGACGAGAGUCCAAAUCUAUGCGCCUAAGACCCAGAAAGUCACGAAGACCAUCUCUCGGUUCAAGGAUGUCGCACGCAGCGGCUGUAUACGAGCUGAUGGCAAGCUUGUUGUUGCCGGAGAUGAUAGUGGAUUGGUAUUCGAUAUAAACUCCCGAGCUAUCCUGCGCACACUGGACUCUCACAAACAACCUGUUCACGUUACGAAGUUCUCCCUCCUCACACCGACGCAAAUCCUUUCCUGCUCCGAUGAUACCACCGCUAAGAUCUGGGACGUCCCAUCCCAAACUGCAAUCUCAACACUCAUCUCCCACACGGACUACGUCCGCUCCGGCCAAGUUUCUACCUCAAAUCCUAAUCUUGUCCUGACGGGUUCUUACGACUCGACCGUGCGGCUAUUUGACGCGCGUUCUGGGCACUGCGAAAUGAUCAUGGGUGGGAAUGCGGGCGGUGGAGAUGCACCAGUGGAACAAGUGCUGAUGUAUCCUUCGGGCACAGUAGCGGUGUCCUCGGCCGGACCCAUCCUUCGCGUCUGGGAUCUUGUGGCGGGUGGACGAUGCACGCGCGCUCUCUCCAACCACCAAAAGACCGUCACUGCUCUGGCGUUCAACAGCGAUUCUAGUCGACUGCUUACCGGCGGGCUCGAUCAGAUGGUCAAGGUGUACGACGUGAGCACGUAUAAAGUUGUGCACACGAUGCGAUAUCCUGCACCUGUCCUUUGCUUGGCAAUAUCGCCGGACGAGACACACAUUGCAGCUGGAAUGACGGAUGGGACUCUUUCUGUGCGCAGACGACAACCCAAACCUUCGGAAAGUGCAGCCAAUGCCCCGUUUUCGGCUGCGGCUCUCAAAACCGGGGCCUACGAGUCGUUCCUUGGGGCUAUUCCUUCGCUUGGUCAAGGCGCUGUGAAGUCAAAAGUGAAAUCGAAAUCACUGGGCGAAGCAGACGAGAUGCGUGUCGAAAGUCGGAGAAUGAAACGGUUACGUGACUACGAUCGUUUGCUCAAGAAUUUCAAAUACUCGGCGGCUCUUGAUGCUGUGUUGCGCAAGCAAGUGCCACCAACGACGACGUUCUCCUUGAUCCAAGAACUGAUCCACCGAGAUAGUUUGCGAAUAGCACUGUCUGGACGCGACGACGUUCUUUUGGAACCCAUUUUGCGAUUGCUCAUCAAACAUGUGACGGACCCGCGGUUUGGCGAAUUAGUUUGUGAUAUAUCGGGGAUUGUCAUAGAUAUGUAUAUCCCCGUUCUUGGACAAUCGCCACUCAUCGACACACUCUUCCUCCGCUUGCGCAAGAAGGUCGCUGCGGAACUGCGUUUCCAAAACGAGCUAUCAAAAACCAAGGGUGCCCUCGACAUGGUAUUGUCCGCGGCUGCAUCACUGGCCGGUUGAAUUCGCGGUUCAUUCAGACGGCUCCAAUGAUGUUAUAAGCGCUGCGAGAAUCUCCUUUUGGGUGGGAGCUCGGUCUUCGCUGUCCGAUGUCUCCUCUGCGUCUACAUUAUCAUAGAACGUUUUGAGGGUCUGUAUGAUGUCCUUCAUGGCCAGGUUCUUUCGAUCCAGCAUUUGCAGCAGAUGACCGCGGACCUGCAAAGAGUUAUGAGUGUUUGGGCAGUCCAUAAUCAUACGCACUCCAUCAUCCUCCAUCGCAAUCCAUGCCAGAAUGUAAUCCACAGUUUGGAGAGUAAACAAACCGCCAUCCAGCUUGCGAAGGUACCAAGUAUCCUCCUCGUCGGCACCAAUUUCCUCGCCGUCUGCGAGUAAUUCCUUGAAGCGCCUGCGAUCUCCUUCUCCACCACUUUCAAACGUCCGGUUGCACCAUCUCGGAUCUCCAACAGCUUAUCAACCUUUUCAUAGUUCUUCUCCACAAAUUUGGCUAACAGUCGGAUUCGCGCAGUCGAGUCGGAGGGAAGAUUGGAGAAGAGUGAGGAAAGAAUGCCAAGCGAGUGUGACACGUCUUCAGAAGCAGGGGCCGCACCAGAUUUCUGCUUCUUCAUCUGGCCCAUGAGAGCUGAGAAGAUAGUUUUUAAUCCUUGCGCCUCAACAAAGGCAUCGCAGAUGUCAGUCCCCGCUGUUCCAGACAUUGCAUAGUCCAGUGUCUUGAUAGACCUCGAUCUGGAUUGGCGUUUUUCCCUGCGGGAUAGGAAAUGAUUCAGGAACGGUUGGGCUGACGCAUCACUCACUGCAUGAUGAGAACCAUCAAAUCUGGGCCCUCCGCAGUAAGAAACUGUUUCUUGAUACUCUCUUCACCCAGAGCAGAGCACAAAGCAUCGAAAACAUUCUCCAUGAAUUCGGUCUCGUCAGCAUCCACUGGGUCCCGUCGACGAAACUGCGAUAGAACUUUCAAACAAACUUCGACACCAUCCUUUUUUCCGAACUCGAUUCGAUUCGGCUUGUUGUUCUGUAGCAGGAUGGAUAAAAGUUCGGCAGCAUAACCACGGUUUUCGUCGUGAGCUUUGUCUUGAACACGGGUGAGAAGCCAUGUAAGCAUGGUCGUCUUCGAGACGAGCCGGGUAGCUAAGUCGGGGUUGAAACCGAGGAUGUUCUCAAAUAUACCUGACUGAAGUGAGGAAAAUUUCGAGCGCUAAAAACAGAACAUACCCAGAACGUGGAAUACACCUUGCCGAUCUGAAUCCUCCUUCUCAUUGAGCCUGACGAGGUUGUCUACCAAUAGCUCCAAUAUUGAGUUUUCCAACUGGAUGUCCAAGGUCAUUCAAAGGACCAG